UCCAUUAUCUCCACAACCGUGUGGUUGAUAUGAGGCGCCAAAUCCUCCGUGGAUUUGAACCUGAUUGACGUGCCCGGUACCGCACACUGCGUCCUGAGGAGCUGCCCCGGCGUUAUCUCCGGCGCGCGUUUCGUGUGGAUGGGUCCUUCAGUUAGUAACGGCAUUCUUCGCGCUUAUGACGAUGUAAAGAACCGCUGCAAAACCCGAGAAGAUGUUGACCAUAAGUGAAAUAGUAUGCCGUAGGUGCUUCUUGGCGGACCUGUUCCCUGACCCGAGCUCGCCCGGAACCCCCGACGUGCACGCCUUGAGUCGCACACCAACGACAGAGCAUUUUAGCCCGCUUGUUAGCAGGCUGACGUCUCAGUGUGCGUCCGGAUAUUCCCUGCAUAACGUAGACAAAUACAGGUUCAAUCCAGACAGUGGUUAUAAGGCGGUGCAGAGAGUAGAGACCGCUGGCAGUCGCGCGUUGUACGAAAUCAAGCUGUACGACCGGAGCCCGUGGGUAGUUUCUCUUCUCAACAGUGUCUCGCCUACGUACCUCGUCUGAGUACAUAUCAUAUCUCCAUCAU